AAACUACCUAGCCAAAUUUACCAUAAAGCUUAUCAUUAUGCUUGAAUUUGAUUGAUCUUGAUUAGUCAUUUAUAGAAAAUAAAACAAGUAACGUCGUUUUAUUGCGAUAAUAUCGGGGAAAAUCGUAUAAGUGUAGAAAAGGUUUAUAAUUCUUUAAUAUAUUUGCCGGUAUUUUUAAAGUGUAGAAAUUGUCAUAUACAAUUUACUGUUAUUUCGAAUUAGGAGUUUUUCAAGUUAUUUUGAGUUAACGAUGCAUUUUUUAAUGAUGCCUGUCUAUAUAUAAGAAUGGAAAGCCGGAAUUUUGACAGCAAUAAAAAUCACAAAGUUUUGCGAUAUUAUGUUGCAAAAAAAAAUUCUACUCUUACUUGCAUGUCAAGACAUUGUGAUGUAAAUGUAAGUACUUUACGUCUGGGAAUGCUGGUAAAAUGCCUGGAAGAUUUAAUGGAUGGAACGCUCCUAAUUUCUGUCACCGAUGUGUCAGGAUCAAAAAUUUGGCAUACCACAGAAUGGUGCUGUCAAAAAACUGAUCUCGUUCUUGUGUCACAAGAAAUAUGGAGAUUUCUUCUUGCGGUUUCAGUACCACAAGAGAGAGUUUACCUGGCCAAUAAUAAGUCACUUUGUGGAAAAUUGGAGAAUCUAUGUGUAAAUGAUAAAGUAUGGUAUCACCCUAACCAUAAGGUUAAUGAUCGCAAGGAAUUAGCUAUUAUUAAAUAUAUUGGUCCAGUAUCUCAGCUUGGUCAAGGAUUGUAUUUUGGUCUUGACAUACCGGACAGUCAAGAACAAUCUAAAACAUCUAUGCUAUGUCUAGAAUAUUUUGAGUCCACUCACUCAAAUAGAACAUUUGCAACAUUGAAUAAAAUUUCUCUUUACAAAGUGGAUGUUCCAAAUAGAAAUAUAGAAAAAAUUUUAAUACCAAAACCUAUUGCACAGAAUGCCUCUACUAAUGACAAAAAGAAAUUUACUUUGGAUCCAAGUUUUUUAGCUCAAUUGGAAACAUUUUCUCCAGACAGCAGUAAUAAUAAUAAUAACAAUAAUUAUAACGGUACAUCUUUAUCAAAUGAAUGUCAUUAUGCCAUGAAAUCAUUAAUUCCACAAAAUACAGAUAACAAAUCAGGAAAUAUGUCGGAGGAAAACGGGAACAAGAAUUUUAGACGAAACAAAUCUUCAGAUUUGAUAGUGGGUUCAAAUGUCAAAGUACUUCUAGGUUCAGAUCUAAGACAUGGAACCCUUCGUUGGGUUGGAACACCACCUGAUACAAAUACUAGUAAAUUAAUGGCAGCUGUUGAAUUGAAUGAAGGACAUCCAUCAGGUACGGAUGGUACUUACAAGGAAAUAAGAUAUUUUCAAUGUCAACCUUAUAGAGCUGUUUUCACGGAUAUUGAGCAAUGCUUUCCAUGUGAAUCUGGAGUAAUAAGACUUGAUGAUCGAUAUCCUUCUAUGAAUACCAACAAUUUUGGAAAUAUGGAAAGUGUGAUUAUAGGUAUGGUGAGACCUAUUUCAGUCAAAGGAAAUUUAGAGAGUAUUUGUGGAAAAUUCAGAGGAAUACAAGGUCAUCAUAAUUCAUGUUAUUUGGAUGCUACUCUUUUCAGUAUGUUUGCUUUCACUAGUGUAUUUGACAAUCUUUUAUUCAGACCACCGAAUGAAAAAGAUUGUCCUGAGUAUGAAGAAGUUCAGAAAGUAUUACGCGAAGAAAUCGUUAAUCCCCUUCGAAAAAAUAUAUUUGUAAGUGCGGAUCGUGUAAUGAAAUUAAGAACGUUGCUUGAAAGAUUGUCUUCUGUAUCUGGUCUUACAAGCGAAGAAAAAGAUCCAGAAGAAUUUUUAACGUCAUUGGUGGCACAAAUCUUAAAUGCUGAGCCAUUUCUCAAAUUAAGUUCUGGUCAGGAUGCAUAUCAUUACCAACUUUUUGUUGAAAAGGAUGAUCAUCUCAGUUUACCAACAGUACAACAACUAUUAGAACAGAGCUUUUUUACAAGUAAUAUCAGAUUGAAGGAAGUUCCUUCUUGUCUUAUCAUACAAAUGCCACGAUUUGGAAAAUCGUUUAAAAUGUAUCAAAAAAUCCAACCAACUCUCUUGCUUGAUGUGACAGAUAUAAUUGAAGAUUCUCCUAGGCAGUGCACAGUAUGUGGCAAAUUAGCUGAAUUUGAAUGUAAAGAAUGUUAUGGAGAAUGUGGAAUAGGUCUUGAAAGCAUAGCCUUCUGUGCAGAAUGCUUGAAAACAGUACAUCGUCACGAACAUAGAACUAAUCAUGAACCAAAAAAACUUAGUGUACCAGUAGAAUUUGCAAUUCUACAAGAGCAUUGUCCCGUACCUCGUUUAUAUUUAGAACUAUCAGCAGUCGUUUGUAUUGAAACAUCUCAUUAUGUUUCAUUUGUAAAGUGUGGCUCUGGUUCAGAAGCACCAUGGUGCUUUUUUGAUUCUAUGGCAGAUAGAAAAGGUGAACAAGAUGGGUAUAAUAUACCAGAGAUGGUGCCAUGUCCAGAUUUUCCUUAUUGGCUAAGUGAAAAUGGUGGGAAUUAUUUGAUGAAAUUAACAGACGAUCGUAAUUUACCGGAAUAUGCAAAACGACUUUUAUGUGAUGCCUAUAUGUGCAUGUACCAAUCACCAGAUGUUAUGAUGUACAAAUAAUGUUGAUAUAGCCUUCAUAAUAUUGAUAAAUUUUAAUAUUUACGAUGUCCUCCGAUGGAUUAGGGAAGUAAUGAAAACGAAAAUUAAUAUAAAUAUUCUUGCAAUUGUAAUAUUUUUAGAGUCUGUAAAAAUAUCAUUAGAUGCAAAUACGCUAUUUUAUAUGACAAAAUAGUAUUACAUAUAAAUAGUAAAUUGUAAUCAUCAGUAUCGUAAAAUAUGUGCACAAAUCUAGGAAAAAUUUUAGUUUUAAUUUAUUUUAAUUUUCAAAGUGCUAUUUAUAUCUUUUGAUAUACGUAUGUAUGUACAUCUUACUGUACUACAUAUUUCUAACAAAGAACUAUAGAUCGUUCUAGCCAUUAUUUAACUAGAAAGACGAUUACAAAUUUCUUCAAUCAAGGCUGUUUAUCACUCGAAGCGUAUAUGAUUUCAUUAACAAAUAUAGACAAAAUAUGAAUUACAAGCGCGAGCGGAAAACACUGUCGUUGCCAUGAUUCUAUCAUAUCAAUCUAUAAGCUUGUUAAAUUAUACCCUACUCGCACGUAACAUAACGAUAGGAUUAGUGUGAGUUAAAAUAGAAAAUGUUAGUAGGUUCAAAUUCAAACUUUUCAUUCUUCCACAUUUAUAUCCUUUAAUGGUCCUGAUUAUCACAUGACCAUUAUAAAUCCAUAAUAGAUAUGACGCAGUGCGCAUUUAUUUUACGAUAUAAAUGCAUAAAAAAUAAUAAAUAUAAUUAAUACGAAAAUAAAUUAUACCACGAAAAAACA